AUGGCGGCGGAGACGGAGACGGAACCGACGCGUCCUCGGUCCACGUGGAGGAAGCGCCCUUCGCAGAAGGGCAAGCCGCGGCUGCGGCUGGCCAAGCAUGCUGCCACGACGCAGCGGGCGAGCGCCGCCGCAAGGGUAGUCAAGCGGGUGGCCGCGGCGGCGGAGAGAGCCGCCCGGAGGAAGCAGAAGGCCGGCGAGAGGGCCGCGCGGAGGAGGCAGAAGGCCCUCGAGAGAGUCGCCCGGAGAAAGCAGAGGGCCCUCGCGAAGGCGGCGGCUGCAGCAGCGCGGAAGAAGCGGAAAGCCGUCGACGGCGGAGGCGGCGUCGUCGGUGGGAGGCCGGUGCGGCGUAGGCUCGACGUCGACGGCGAGCGCGGGCCGCCGGAACGCGAGGACCCGCCCAACUCCUGCAGAGCCAAUCUGAUGGAUAACCUAAGAUACCUCAUCGAGCUCAACUUGGCCGGCGAACUGUCCGAAGAACCGCAGGUGAAACAAGAACCACCCAGCACGCCACCGGUGCAACAAGAACAGACGGCAGAACUCCCCGGCAGCACGCCACCGCCGACGCCGGAAAACCCACCGCCCACCUCCACCGCCAUCGUCGCCGUCAAGAAGAAGCCCAAGAAACCGACGACGGUGGACAAGCUCAUCCUGGUGCCGUACAGGCCGAAGCGUGCCUCCGGCUCCGCCGCCGCCGACGAGGCCCUCCCGGGGGCGCUGGUCGUCCGCGACCCCGCAACGGCGGCGGUGCGGCUGUACGUGCCGCGGUGGGCCACCGAGCGGCUCGUGCUCAGCAGGGUGCCUCCCGGCGUCAGCCUCGUGGUCGGCCUCGACGCCGGGUGGAGGGCGGCGCAUGGCGAGCUGAUGCGGUGGGAGGAGACGCUCGUCGGCGCCGAGAAGCCCGACGACGUCCCCGGCGGCCCCGAGUGGGACGAGCGCCGCCGGGAGUUCGAGGCGAAGGUCGAUCACUUCAUGCGCAACGUGCGUAUCAUUAUCGGUGACAGAAAGUUUUCUGAAUGGGGAGGAUCGGUGGUGACUUCUGUAGUCGGCACGUUUCUGACCCAGAAUGUCACAGACAACAUGUCGAGCAACGUUUUCAUGACCAUGGCUUCCAAGUUCCCUCCCAAGAACAGCAGCAAUGUCGCUCGAAAUGCAGAUAGUGCUCCUCUGCUGCUAACUGACGGUCACCACGAGCAAUGCCACGCUCAUCUUCAGAGCACAACACCAUCACCAUGCAGUGGCUGUUCUGAAACAUGUGUGGCUGAACCUGAACCUGAACCUGAACCUGCAGGUGAUGCUAUCGAACACCAAUCUGAUAAUGACGUGAUGGAGGUGAUGAGCAACAGCUUCGGACAGUCGACGGCCGAGAAGAUCCGCGGGAAGAAAGAGAAGGAGGGGUCGUUCACCGCAUUCUUCCUCAAGGACACCUCCGAGUGGGACUCUCUCCGUCAGGAAGCCGUCGAUCGAGGGUACAGCAAGGUUGACGACGAUGCUCCUGACAUGGUCGAUUGGGAGGCCCUGAUGAACGCGCCCAUGGCCGGUGUUCUAGACUGCGUCAAGGACAGGGGACAGCAUUCCCUGAUUGCAUUCAGAAUCAUGGCUUUCCUAAUUCGUUUAAAAAGAGAUCAUGGAUGCAUUGACCUUGAAUGGCUGAGAUUCAUCCCUCGUGCAAAGGCCAGGAGAUACCUACUUAGUAUAAAUGGCCUUGGAACUAAAAGUGAUGGCUGCAUCCGCCUCUUAUCUCUGAGACACAGAACAUUCCCGGUGGAUACAAACGUUGCUCGCAUAGUGACAAGGCUAGGAUGGGUGCCACUCCAACCUCUACCUAAUUCUGAGGAGUUCCAUAGGGUGGCACAUUACCCUGUCAUGGCCGAUAUCCAGACAUAUCUUGAUCCCUUGAUGUGUAAUAUUUCUUCAGAAAAAGAGUACGAGUUGCAUUGUCAGAUGAUAACUUUUGGAAAGGCAAUAUGUAAAAAAGUAAAACCAAAUUGUGGAGCCUGCCCAUUCACCUCUGACUGCAAAUACUACAAAAGUCAGUUAGGAAGGGCCGUGCUUGCUCUCCCAGAGUUCAGCCAGCAGUACGCAGCAAAGGAAGCAGGCAUGGACCCAGCAAAGCUAGGUGACCUGAUUUUCAGAACAAGUUCAGAACAGAUGCAGCAAUUCCUGAUCGAAAACGGCCAAAAUACACAGGGCAGGCAUUGCUCUGAACCCACUGUUGAGAUUCCACCAAGUCCGCUGAAUGUGCAGGGAGAAAUCAGCGAUGAAGAUGACGAGGAUGAGCUCAAUUUCUUCGAUGACGAUGAUGAUGGUGAUGAUAUCGAAGAUGUAGCCCGAGAUUACGACAUGGAGGUAGACCUUCGCUCUCUGAAUCUCACCUCGAACACAAGGCAAGCAGGAGCUACACCUGGGAAUGAGAUCAUUCGAAUCAAUCCUCAGGCCAAGCCAACUCCAAACCAGAGGAAAUUCUCUCUGCGAACAGAGUACACUGCAUAUGUCAUUCCAGACGACCAUCUUAUCUUGAGCAAGUUCGAUCCAAGGGACCCUGAUGACCGAAAUCCUUAUCUACUGGUAGUUCGUAGUUUCGAUGAUCGUUACGCGAAGGUUACAAUUCUGAUACCUAGUCGAACGGCAAACAGAGGGAUAUUCCCAUUGAAUGGAACCUAUUUUCAAGAGAACGAGGUUUUUUCAGAUCAUUCGUCCAGCCGUUCACCCAUAGAAAUAAGUAGGGAUUUGAUAGUGCAGCUUCAGCUUCAGUUUCAGACAUGUACCGUACACUUCGGUGCUUCAAUACAUUCAGUCACCAAAGGUCAAACAAUGGAGGGACUUCAUCACUUCUAUAAUCGAGGAUACAUCUGUACAAGAGAAUUUGACCGCAGAACAAAGGCUCCAAAACCAUUAUCUGUAAAUAUACAUGCCACCAACGUAAACAAAGAUAUUUCCAAGAAAAGAGCUAGAUCUAAAUCAAAAUUUUAUUCAGAGGAAGAUAGUGAAGAGGACUGGUGAACUUUUUUUUUAUGACAUCUCAACAGAUUAUUUACU